UCCACCCGAAGUGAUGGAACCCAUCCAAAAGCAAAACCCCAUUCCCCACCUCCAUUCCAUCCACGUAUAUCACCUGCAUGUCACCAAAACAACCCCACACUUGUCCCUUCAUUAAUUUCACAUACACUCUACCACCACACUCCCCCUUUAUUUUCAUUCCCCUCUCUCUCUCUCUCUCUCUAACAAAUCACAUUCUCAAUGGCUGAUCUCAACCAAACCCCACCCCAACCAUACAGACCCACCACCACAUCGUCAUCAACACCAGCCGUGUUUCUAAGAAAGCUUCAAAACAACCUUCACGCACCAAACUCAACCCAACUCGUUGGCAUCUUAACCCUUCUCGUUACCGGCUCCAUUUUCCUCCUUCUCACCAGUUUAACCGUAUCUGGUACCGUUCUUUCUCUCAUCUUCUUCUCUCCCUUGAUCAUCGUUUCAAGCCCGAUAUGGGUCCCGGCCGGUACUCUUUUCUUCCUCCUCACCGCUGGAUUCUUGUCGAUGUGUGGAUUUGCCGUCAUCGCUGUCGUUGCUUCCUCUUGGUUGUACCGUUACUUUAGAGGUCUUCACCCGCCCGGUUCGGACCGGGUUGAUUACGCUAGACACCGGAUUUAUGAUACGGCUACACAUGUUAAAGAUUGUGCGAAAGAAUACGGCGGGUAUUUGCAGAGUAAGGUCAAGGAUGCAGCGCCCGGCGCUUGAAUCAACCGCCUCGGUUCGGUUAUGUCAUUGAACCGAGUUUUUUUUUUGUUGAAUGUUAUUAUAUGGCCCCAAACUAUAAGUUAAAGUGUGUGUAAGCAAUGGUAGUAGAAUUAAGCUAUUCUCAUAUUUAUUCUAUUUUGAUAUAUGGGUAUGAGAAGAAUAAUCACGAAAAUCUUCCGCAUUCUGUUGUUGUAAAUGUGGAAUAAUGAAUAUGCAAAUUGAUUAAAAGAGUGCUCGUUUU